AUGGACCUUAAAAAACCGGCCAAAAAAAUUACGUUAAAACCGGUCUGUCAAGACGUCGAUGCCAAUCGCACGUCACCAAAAAACAAGUUAGCCUCAGGAAGACAAGGAGGCAAACUUAAACCUCUGAAAGCGCCGAAGAAAGAAAAACGUGAAUUGGAUGAACAGGAUGAUCUCGCCUUUAAGAAAAAACAACAAGAAAAUGCAAAGAAGGAAGAAGCUGCCCGCAAAUUACUUUUAUCCAAGAAAAAAUAA